UGACGUUUAUCUUUAAGCAUCGUUUAAUUCCCGUUUAAUUGGAAUCUGAGUUGAUAUAUAAGUCAACUUUCAUUAUAUCACAAUCACAAGCAACCCUAUAUUAACCUACAUAUCUCUCUCUAUUAAGUCCAUUAAGUCCAUCCCCUAUUAUAGUGUACGAAGUACCAUACCGACACAAUGUCUGUCGAAGUGCUCACAACCAUCUCGCCUAUUACAAACGAGCCGAUAUUGACUCGCAAUGGCGUCACGGUGGCCGAGUUAGAAGAAAUCCCUAAGAUCGCCGCCGAGAAAUUCCAGAGUUGGCGGCAGACCUCGUUGACGGACCGUCAGAUCAUAGUUAAGAAAGCGUUAAAACUACUGGAGAAGAAAAAGGAUGAUCUUGCUAAAGAGCUUACCGUCCAAAUGGGACGACCAAUUGCUUACACUGGUGUUGAAAUCACGACGGCUAUCAAACGUGCCGACUACCUUGUCAAGAUCAGUGAAGAAACACUGAAGGAUACCGAUGGCGAGCCGGAGAAGGGAUUCAAGCGAUUCAUUCGGAAAGUCCCUGUUGGUCCUAUCCUAAUCAUCUUCGCCUGGAACUACCCUUACCUGAUCCUCGUCAACUCACUUAUACCAGCUUUACUUGCUGGCAAUACCGUCAUUCUCAAGCCUUCCCCACAAACCCCUACGGUUGUAGAACAGAUCGCCAAGGUCUUUGCGGAGGCGGGACUACCCGCUGGUGUCUUGCAGUAUUUCCACUGCGGGUCGCCGCUGAUCAUGGAGACCGUCGUGCGGGAUCCCAAGGUAUCUUCAAUCUGCUUCACCGGUUCGGUGGCGGGAGGCUUGUCUGUCCAAAAGGCCGCCUCUGAUCGAAUUGUCAACGUUAGCCUAGAACUUGGCGGUAAAGACCCCGCAUACGUCAGAGGAGAUGUAGACUUGGACUGGGCGGCUGCUGAAAUUGUCGACGGAUCCAUUUUUAACUCGGGCCAAAGUUGUUGUGCCAUUGAACGUGUUUACGUCGACGAGAAGAUUUACGACCCUUUCAUCGAAGCAGCCCAAAAGGUCUUGAAGGACUACAAGGUUGGUGAUCCUCUAGAAAAGGAGACCCAGAUCGGACCGGUCAUUUCGAAGCGGGCUAAGGAGGCUAUCGAGUCUCAUAUAAAGGACGCUCUGAGCAAAGGUGCAAAGGAUGCAACACCGGAGAACCCGACAUUCUCAAGUCUCCCACCGAAAGGAAACUUUGUCAAACCCACGCUCCUCGUUGAUGUCAACCAUAGCAUGACAGUUAUGACGGAAGAGACGUUUGGGCCCGUUAUUUCCAUCAUGAAAGUCAAGUCUGAUAAAGAGGCUGUGUCAUUGAUGAAUGACAGCGAAUUCGGCCUCACAGCUAGCAUAUGGACUAAAGAUACGGCCAAGGGCUAUAAGUUGGCGGAGCAAGUCGAAGCGGGAACCGUCUUUGUCAACCGUGCAGACUACCCCAGUCCCGAUCUGGCCUGGACGGGUUGGAAAAACUCAGGCAAGGGCGUGACUCUAAGUAGAUUUGGGUUUGACCAAUUCGUGAAGCUAAAGAGCUAUCAUUUGAAGGACUACCCGAAAUAGAAUGGAAAUGCGAAUCAAUUAAGCAGGGUUUAGAGAAUCGUUCUGGAACGAUCCCGCCAUUUAUUUUCCUUGGGCUACUUGGACGGGGGUUGUGUGAGCCUAUCGGAAGAUUGGGUGUGGGAAACUUUGCCGGUUUGGUGAUCUGUAUGCCUAUUUGUUUCAUGUAUUGUCAGACCAGGGAUAAUAUUAUGCGAGCUUAAAAUAUAUAUUAGUUAUGUAUUACACGUGUAGGUAUGCCAGGUUAAUUAACUACAAGUAUAAACGUUAACUACAUACCUAUUGCUUUUUUGCGCUUUAAAGUCAUUAUAUAUUGUUAUACGGAUAGUAAUGUUAAAAGAUUG